GGUGUAUGUUGGUUUAUACCACUGCAGUGCACCAAUGUGUACCUCGGAACCUUGUGUCUGGUCUUUGUAUCUGCACGGAGAGAUUAAAGUGGUGCUCCUUGAUAUAGUGGUGUUGACUUCAGGUAGCCUAACAGUUACUUCGUAAGAGUUACUUUUUACAAAUGCUAGCCUUUGUUUUGACAUUUGUGAAUAUUAUUUUUAAACGCUGGGACCUAAUUGGUCGGAGAGUUUAUAAUUGCUAGUUUUUUUAUGUGACAGCAAUGUCACUGAAUCCUUUCCGGUCGUUGAGAGCACCUUUAGGAACUAUCUAUCAAAGUAAGCUAUGUGGACCGUCGAUAAAAGCGAGUUUGUUGCCAGUAAAGUCCUACAGCUCUGUAACGAGAGGUGGAGAAACGGGAGCAGGUCAGACUGUGGUCUCAGAACAGAGGGGGUCUGUGGUUUCUGUAGUGAUAAACCGGCCUGAGGUGCGCAAUGCGGUAAACCACGAGACGGCGAGGCGUCUGCUGGAGGAGCUGAAGGCCUUCGAGAGUGACCCAGACUUGAACGUGGCUGUUCUGCAUGGGAAAGGAGGGAAUUUCUGUGCUGGUUAUGAUCUAAAAGAGCUCGCCAAUCACACAGGCCCCAUCAAAUUUGAGCAAGAUGUCACCAAAACUCCUGGUCCUAUGGGUCCGUCCCGUUUGCAGCUGUCAAAGCCGCUGAUCGCAGCAGUGAGUGGUUUUGCUGUGGCUGGAGGGCUGGAGCUGGCUCUGCUGGCAGAUCUGAGAGUGGUGGAGGAGAGCGCUAUCAUGGGGGUGUUCUGUCGCAGGUUUGGAGUUCCCCUGAUUGAUGGAGGCACAGUACGGCUCCCACGUCUCAUUGGUCUGUCAAGGGCCCUCGAUCUGAUUCUGACUGGACGGCCAAUCGGAGCGCAGGAGGCUCUUGCCUAUGGACUGGCUAAUAGAGUUGUUCCUGAUGGCCAAGCUUUACAGGUAGCCCUGGAGUUAGCAGAGCAGAUCAGCUCCUUCCCCCAGCAGUGUAUGCGGGCUGACCGCUCCUCUGCCAUGUACAGCUGCUAUGAUGCGUCAUCCUUCACACAGGCCAUGCAGUACGAGUUUGACCACGGACUUCCUGUCAUCGAGUCUGAGGCUGUGUCCGGGGCAGCCAGGUUCAAUGCUGGAGCAGGGAAAGGAGGGAAAUUCUCCUAAGGAUUUCGACUGCACAAUCCUUGUGAAUUGCGUUUUUUUUUUUCUUUUUUUUUUUCUUAAGGUGAUCUAACACAUUCAUUCAUAUUUGCGGCCCACAAAUCUUCUGCGAUAAACUGAGAGCACUUUAAGUUCUAAAGAUAUACUCAUAUACUUGACAUACUCUUCUCAUGUCAUCAACCUAUUACUCUGAAUUUUAUACAUUUGAAUCAUAAAUGUACUUUUUUUUUUAAAGCAAAUUAUCAGUAUGAGAAUCACAGACAAUUUUGUUUUGAGCGAUGCAGGGCUAAUGGAAGUUUGUGACUACAAAACUAUUCCACAACAAAGUACUACUUGGUAGAGGUAAAGCUGAAUACAAAUACAGUAUUUGGAAAAGCACAAAUAGUGGGUUUUUGCAAAUACUUAUUUUGUACAAUUAUUUUUGAAAUGAUUCAUUUUUGGGAAGAAGAAAAAAAAAAAAACAUCAACUAGCCGGUGUUCCCCAUACUUGUGAAUAUGAUGGGUGUUUGUGUUUUACCUGCUUGUGCUGAUUACAAGACAAUAGGAGAGUGGAAGGCAGAGAGAGCACAGACUAAAGUGGAGCAACACAGCCUGAUUAAAAUAUAGGCAAAACAUAGUAUGUUGUAUGUAUUGUAGUGCCUGGCACAGGUGUGCCAGAGUAAUCCUCAGGCCAUGUGGUUAUGUCGCUUAUAGAAGAGUGACGAUUCUUGAUGCAGUGCAGUCUGAGGGAUUGGAGGGCACAGUUAUGUAGCUUAGGCUUGUGCUCUUGGCCUUUAUGCACUGAAAUCCUUCCAGAUUCCUUGAACCUUUAUGUUAUGCACCGUAUAGGGUGACAGAUCCAAAUCCCUUCCCAUCUUUCUGUUACGCCUAUUUCUGCUUUUAUUCGAAUACAAAUAUAACUAGUUUUGCGGCACAUCCCUACUACAUAGGCUUCUAAAACAAUAAGCCUGCAGCAGCGAACCGUUGUUCCUUUGACUUAGUGAAAAACACUUGAUAACUGGGAUAAGACAUGUUGUUGCAUACAUGUACAUGCGUGCAUGUGUGCAAACAGAGCAUUGUAAUUACUGCAGAAGAUUCAGCACUUCUUGUCAGGUUGUGCCAGGUGUGUGGUUAUUGUAGGACACUUCCCCUUAAUUUUGCUUGUUGAACAGAUGUAUAUGUGUGUGUGUUUGUGUGUAUAAAAUCCUUCUUUGUAAAGUCUUCUGUGACUUUUUAAUGCUCUUUAAUAAAAAUGCCAUGAAGAACU